AAAAAAGAAGGGGGGGGAAUGUAAUUUCUGUUGCAUCUGGCCCUCAGCCCUGUGACCAGCCCACUCUACAGCAGCUCCUCACGGGAAAAGCAUACAUGAGCGAGAAAGCAGAAGCAGUCUGAGUUCAGAGGAAAAACUUCAAAACUUAGUGAGUUGUCAGUGUCAGCAUGGCCGGGGGCUCCGUGUCUGAGUGUAAGGAGUACUUGUUCAAAGUGCUGGUUAUCGGGGAAUUAGGCGUCGGGAAAACCAGCAUCAUCAAACGCUACGUGCACCAGCUUUUCUCUCAGCACUACAGGGCGACGAUCGGGGUCGACUUUGCACUUAAAGUUAUCAACUGGGACAGCAAAACGCUGGUCAGGUUACAGCUGUGGGACAUCGCAGGUCAGGAACGAUUUGGGAACAUGACGCGAGUGUACUACAAAGAGGCCGUGGGGGCAUUUGUUGUGUUUGACGUGACGAGGGGCUCCACGUUUGAGGCAGUGUCUAAGUGGAAGCAUGACCUAGACAGCAAGGUGAAGCUGGCUAAUGGCAGCCCCAUCCCCUCAGUGCUACUUGCCAAUAAAUGCGACCAGAAGAAAGAGAGCUCCAACAACACAGCCCUAAUGGACAAUUUCUGCAAAGAGACUGGCUUUCUGGGCUGGUUUGAAACCUCAGCUAAGGACAACAUCAACGUGGACGAGGCAGCACGUUUCCUGGUAGAGAAUAUCUUGGCUAAUGACAAAGGUUUGCCGUAUGAGGAGAGCAAUGGAGACCGGAUCAAACUGGACCAGGAGACUGUGGCUGCUGAGAGCAAGUCAGGCUGCUGCUAACACUCAGUCCACUCACAUUAGCCAUCCACCUCCCUUUGGCAGGGUCCAACCCGUUCAUACAGCCUGUGGCUCUUAGCCCUCUUCUACAGCCUCUCAGAGGAAUAUGAAUUUUUUGGGGGGUCUUCAAAGCUCCAAGAUCUUCUCCUCCCUGCACCGAUGCCCAUUUGACCUGCACAUCUAAGUUUGUCAUUGUACCUUUCCCUAGGCCCAAAUAGAAGCCUGAUUUUUAUCUUGAUGUUGUCACAAAUGUUGUCACUGCCUCUGCCAUAUAUUUUCCUGAUUGUGUAUUUCACCACCAAAUCUGAACCCCACCCAGCCCUCCACGUCUGAACCCUGCUGCUCCCCUGGUUGCCCUGACAGCCUCUGAAGCCCUGGACUAAACCACGCCUGAGAAGGGGUGCGAAGUAGGCAGAAAGUUGAGAAACACAAACUAGAAAACAACCCGUGGCCUCUCAGUUUCUGCCUCUUUGGUCUAUUGUCUCUCAGUAUCCUUGUCAUUCAGUAUUUAUCUGUGAAACAAGACACUUUAUGGCUCUGUGUUACUGAAGUACUUCUUCAGUUAACAUAGAUAAUUCCCCCUUAAUCUUUGCAGCACACUCAUGUUUUGUGUUUCCAGCUGUUCUUUAGACUACUGUGUAAAAAGUAAGCAAGUUAAGCAUUAUCAAAGUAUUAAUGUAUCUCAUAUUUUGAAUUGUUGUCUUUAUGCCAUAUUUUCUCUGAAAUAAUAUGCCAUAUUACAGUUUGUGUUAUGUUAAUUGGAGGCGGACACCUUGUUGUUCACUCAAACAUUUACAAGGACACGGACGGACAAUACAGUAUUUCAGAAAGAAACUCUAAUAACGGUACUGAAUGAGACACUGAGAUAUCUUUGUUUGAUUGUCUUUCCACUGGUAUGAAAAUGUAGAUCUGAUUUACAGUAUGUAUUUUUUAUAAUGUGUUGGGUCAUGCAUUGUACAACUGGUGAGAUGUCAUAAAAACAGAAUCUGACAGAGGACUACACUCUCUCGUACAUAGGGAUGAUAAUCUGGUAAAGUGUUCAAAUGAAAUAUGAAGGAUUUUUUAACAUGGAGUUGAGAUUAAGUUUACAUGUGAAAAUACUUUAAAUCUACAAGACCAAAAUAGAAUAAACAUUUUAACAGA